AUGUUUGGUACCACGAAGCUGCGCAAUUGCUCCAACUUUAAUCUGCUGAGCACUCCGCGUCUGUUUAUCUACGGUCUUUCUCUGUUCGAUGACAAUUUGGCCGAGCUGAAGCGGUUCUGCGAGGCGAACGAGGGCGCAGAGCUGAACCGGUUCGAGUUGGAUUACAGCAACCUGGACCGACGUGAGCUGUUCAGAAUUCUGCACAACACGGAAGCUCGUCGCGACCCGAUCGGAGAGUUGAACGGCUACUUGGAGGAAAAGCUGAUUUCUUACGGUUACUUCUUGGUGUUCCAAGCGAAUCCACUGAUGGUAACGGUCACCACUGGCCGUCGGAACUUUACGAUCCAAGCCUUGAACAAGCUCGCUCGCCUAGCUACCACCCAGCUCUCAAACAACCGCGACUAUCUCGGGCGCAUCAUUUCCGGAUUCACUUUUCGGUCAUCCCCGCCAACAUCAACACGUGCGAUCCGAACGCGCCUUCGAAUCCGGCCGCAUGAAGAUGGUGCUGCUACGACCGGUUCCUGCCGGCAAACCCUUCGUUGAGUCGUUCGGACCAAACUGGCGGAGUUCCAACCCGGAACCGCGCCCCCCAGGAAUGCGCUGUAUUUUGGAUCUAGAUUAUCGUGGUUUGCCGGCGGCGACGCGGGUGCGAGAUCGACUCGGAGCGGAACGAAGCGUUCU